GGAGAGGGGAGCCGCACAACCCAAGAAGAGAGGAAAUUGGGGAGCUGGUCGCAGGGGGAAUUUCCAGUGCGUUGGCCUUCUUGUGCGACUCAUAUCUCGAGUUCUGCUAAUCCAAAAGAGGCGUGUGAGGUACCCACGGAAACCUCUCAAAAAGAGGAAUCCAUAGGCGUGCGGUGUGAAGAAAACGGAGUAUCUUAAGGCUUCCAAAUCGUCCUAACACAACGAAACCUCGCAGAAUACGUUUGUGGUAUUCAAAGUUAGGGAGCGAAUUCGCCGGAAAACACCCGUUCUAGGGGCUGUUUUCGUGUCUUCGGCUAGGAGUUGAACAAGCACAUUGAAGAGGCUGUUUAACACCUAUUUUUAAGCAAGGAAUCAGUUCUUAAUCCACCUUGUCCGAAGCUUUGACCGUUGGAUCAAGAAGGAGAAAUUUAAAGCUCAUUUAAGAUAAGGCAUCUAGAAUGUUAAGUUGGUGAUGCUUCAAUCCAGGAAUUGCCAUGGAAGAGUUCUCCAAAUGGGGUAUUGGAUCUAUUAUAUUGACAUCAGGCACACUGUCUCCAUUGGAUUCAUUCCUAAUGAAUUAAAGUUAGAAUUCCCUAUUCGUUUGGAAAACCCUCAUGUCAUACCAGAAGAUCAAAUAUGGGCAGGGGUUGUACCUGUUGGCCCAUCUGGUUACCCUUUCAACUCUUCUUAUCGAAGUCGUAAUUCUAUUCAAUACAAGAUAGAUCUUGGCAAUGCCAUUGUCAACUUUGCUCGAAUCGUACCAGAUGGACUUCUUGUGUUCUUUGCAUCACACUGUUUCUUGGACCAAUGUGUUGGGUGCUGGAAAUCAAUGGUAAAGUACUAUCACAUAUAUGCAAAUAAUGAUGUUUAUUUUUUUUAUUUUUGGUGCUUCUCUGGUUUACAUUGCCAGAUACUGUAUAGGAUAACCGAAACCACACAAGUUCUAGUACAAUUUGGGAAAGAAUAUGCAAACACAAGCUACCUGUUGUGGAACCAAGACAAUCUGCUCUCUUUCCUUCAGCAAUUGAAGUAACCAAAAUAUAACCUUGAUUAAGUUAUUAUAUCAUUGUUGACCCAUAAUGGUGAUGUUACUUUGAUUCUUCUUCUUUUAUAAAGGACUAUAUGUCUACGUUGUAGGAUAAAUCAGGUUCUGGAGCAGUGUUUUUUGCAGUCUGCCAUGGAAAGGUACAUAUACCAAUAUACCAUACAACUUGAUUUUGAGUUUUUAACUGGAUAAGUCACUUAUGGCAAAUUGUUUGAAAACUUAUUUGAAUUUCAAAAUGCUAAUGUAUCUCUGGAACUACUAAUUUUAGAGCGUGAUUAUUUAGCAUGAUUAUGGUGCACUGGUAAAGGUUCUGCUGUGUGAUUGAGAGGUCACAACUCACAAGUUCAAUUCUUGGGAGCGGUCUCUUGUCAAAAUGACAAUGGAAGGCUUGCCUCCUAUACACUCUUGUUAUGGGACCCUUCCCUUCCCCCUUGCUUUGCAGGACACCAAUGUGGACAUGACUGCCCUUUACUUUUCGGAAUAUUCCCCUCUACAUUCUACAAUCACCUUUUAUGCUCACAUAAAUAUGGAAUAGGUGAGUGAAGGAUUAUAUUUUGCUGACCAUGCUGGUAGAGCUGUGGUGAUCACUGGCUUACCAUUUGCAACAACAAAUGAUCCUAAGGUUUGUCUUCUUUCUCUUUGUUCCUGCAAUUUAUGAAUAUGCCAAUUGUUAAUUUGCUAAGGGCAGUUGACCUUUAACCUUUUAUCUCAUGAUUUCUUCGUAAUAAAGUUUGCGACAUUACAUGAAAUGCUCAGUUUAUUUCAGCCUUUGAGAUAGGUGUGUGGUGAUAUUAUUGGAAAGCAGGUGUGGUGUAUAAUUUUUUGUUUUUUCUCUAAAACUUGCUUAUAUAUUUUACGCAGUAUAUUUUUUGCAGGUCUUCAAGAACCAUUUUCGGCGAUAUAAGAAGUGUAUUUCGUUGCAGAGAUAUAACAUGAGGGAUUUCAGCCGGACUUCAAGAAGAACCCAUUCAAUUGUGUUUAGUAUUGAAUGCCUUUUUCGUAGGCAUAUUGAUCUUAUUAGAUUUUUUGUUAGUAUUUACUUUAUCUGUAAAUGUUUUUUUUGUAUUUAGUUUCGUGGAAUGUAUUUUGAUAUUCUGAAUGCUUACCUUUUUGGAAACAAAGUACUUGUAUAAUACACUGGUGGUUAAUUGAAUUAACCAACCCAGUGGAUAUGUAUAUUUUUUUUAUUAAAAAAGCUACUUACAACGUCGGUUUUAUUUUAAAACCG